AUACAUGUCAACCGAGCAUGCAAUAUCGUUUGAUCGUACGUAAGACUUGUUGAAGGUUAAUAUUUUUCUAGAAAAACUCUAACGCAUAAAUACGAGGGUAUAUGCAUUUUAUUCUGUAGUUUCCUUCCAGUAAUUACAAAGGCAAAAUGAACUCUGUGGUAGCCCUCUUCCUCGUCUCAAUGCUGGCUGUGAGCCAUGCCUCUAUCUUGGGCUUAGGUGGCGCGGCUACCUUGAUUGGACCUGCCAACCCAGGAGCCGUUCUAGCUGGUCCAGCUGCCCAAGCAGCUUUGGUAGGACCUGACGGAAGUCAUAUUUCUGCAGCUGCUCAAGCCGGUGCCGUUGCAGCAGCUCCAAUACCUGGAGGAGUUGUAUCUGCUGCUGUUGCUCCAGGAGUUGUGGGUGUCCAUGGAUUGGGACUUGGCUUGUUGGGAUUGCACGGACGCUAAUCAUAGAAUACAUCAAUGAUCUUCUUAGCUAUCUUCAUGUGAUUUUGGUCUUUUUCUUGUAUCUCUUCAAAAUUGUGCUUCAGUAAAUCUAUCUUUCCUA